AGAUCAGUCACUGCAGCAUUCUUGUACGAGCAAAAUUCUUGUACUACUCGCCCAUUUCUCUUUGUGGAGAGUUGCCAUUGAUUGAUCUCGUCAAAGCUCCAGAAAACCUUGCUGUGCUAUAUAAACUCCAUCACAAGAGAACCCUUUCAAGAUCUCUCCAGUCCCCAUAGAUCCAUCCAAAUCCCUUGUGAUCUAGCUCUAAUCAUCCCGUAGACAAUGAAGAUCUCAGCUCUCAUGGUUACCAUCCUCGCCUUGGCAUUCACCGCAAGCGCCUCCGAUCCAGAUCCACUCCAAGACCUCUGCGUCGCCGAUACCAACAGCACCAUCCGGGUCAAUGGCUUCCCCUGCAAAGCCGUCCCGGUUGCUGCGGAUUUCAAGUCGGCGCUCAUCAAGAACCCGGGCAACACCAGCAAUCCCCUGGGAUCCAUCGUCACCGCCGCCAACGUUCUUCGCUUCCAGGGCCUCAACACCCAGGGAGUGUCAUUCGCUCGCGUGGAUUUCGCUCCAGGGGGCACGAAUCCCCCUCACAUCCAUCCCCGGGGCACCGAGCUCCUCUUCUUGGUCCACGGGAGGCUCCUGGUGGGAUUCGUCACGACCGGGGACAAUAAGCUCUUUCUGGAGACUGUGGAGGAAGGAGAGCUCUUCGUGUUUCCCAGGGGUUUGAUCCACUUCCAGCUCAACAUUGCUGACACCCCGGCUUUCGCCGUGGCGGGAUUCAACAGCCAGAACCCCGGGGCCAGUCAGGUGGCAAAGGCGGUGUUUGCGUCGACUCCUCCGAUUGAUGAUCGUGUCUUGGCGAGGGCAUUCCAGAUCUCUCCGGCAACCAUCCAGACCCUGAGGAGUCUUAUCGGCCGAACUUAAUUCGCAAGAGUCGGUAUGUCUUAAGAAUAAUUAUACAUGUUUUUAGGCGGCGGCAUUCAAUUUCAACAGAAUAAAAGGACUUCAACAUUGUUAUUUAAAACUAGAAACAUAUGCAAUAUUUAAAAUCAAUGCAAUUAUAAUAAGAGCUCGUUUCUAUAAA